AUGCAUGUUUGGUCCUUUGAAAUAGGUCUUUUGGAGCAUUUGGAGCAUAUGGGACGUGAGGAGCAAGGAAGGACUUGGUGCAUGGACGCAGCUCAACUGGACACGCAAAGGAAGAAGGAGGAAGCCAUCUUGAAGACCAGCUCGACCACCGGUCGAGUUCCUCAACUCGACCGGCCAAGCUUCAACUCGAUCGAGCUGAGAAGUCAACAGUCAAACCCGAAAAAUGUUGCUUCCCCCUUGACUUCCUUUGACCCUAAACCUAAUCCUCUUGUAUUUAAAGGCUCUAAGCCACGAAAAAACAACAAGCUUUAG